AUGAAGCUCCUCACCCUCAACUUCCUCACCUGCGCCCGCAAGGCCUGCAAACAAGAACCCUCUGCCUUUCCCCUGCACCCCCGUGACGCAGAGCUCGAGCGCGUGGAAAUGGAGAUGAACCCCGAGUUCUUGGUCAACGUAUUGCCGCGUCUAGAGUGGAAGGCAAUCAGGAGUCUGGGCGAAGAGCUCGGUCUUCCCACCCUCCCUGAACUAGCACCAGAAGAAUCAGACCUUAUGGACGAAACGACAAAGGAACCUACACAAACACUCAAAGAUCUACACGAGCUGCUCGUGGAAACGAGUGUGAGUAAUGGAAAAUUGGUGUGUGGGCAUUGUGGACACGAGUAUGCUGUCAAAGAAGGCAUUGCCAAUUUCUUGCUGCCGAGUCACUUGGUCUAA